UUCAAGAAGAGAGUAACAACGAUGCGUAAAGUGAUGAUGAGAGAGCAUGAUGAGUCUCCUAAUUCUUCUUGUUGGUACGAUGAGCAAGAAUUCAUGAUGAUGGAAUCACCAACAAAGCAACAAUCCUCUAUUCUUCUUCAUCAAUCCACCAAUAAUAACCAUUCCAAUUUGAUGCAGCUACCACCAUAUCCUCUCAUCAAGAAAGAGCUUCAUCACCCAUCAUCAUCAUACCCCUUCCUUCAGCUUCCACUCUUAGAGUCUCAUCAACAAUCUGCUGCUGCACCUUCCUCCAUUUCUGAACAACUCAUCAUGCCACCACCAAUUGGAGGAGGAGAACAAGUCCCUAGUUUUCAGUCAUUCUUCAAUAAUGAACAACAAGAAGUAGGAGUUCUUGAUUGGAGAGUUCUUGACAAGUUUGUUGCUUCACAACUUAGUCAAGAUGAUAAUCAUGCAUCCUCUAAUAGUAUUGUACAAGAUCUCACACAGGAAAUUGUUAUGGUGCCUCACAAUGAUCCUGCAUCAACAUCAAACUCCCUCACCUGCCCAAUUGAUUUGUGGAAAUAGCAUCAUGGAUUCCACCAUAUUAUAAAUUCCUCAUUUUGGGUACUUACUAAUUACAUUAUUUUACAUAUAUAUUAGAUACAAUUAAAUCUUCAACUGCAACUACUCUUUAAAUUCAUGUACAUAUAUAAACCUGCUAAUAUAUAAUGGGAUGGAGGGCAUGCAUGAAUUUAACUAUUAGCUUCAUUCUGAUGCCUCCACCAUUUUUAAUUAUUAGGACAGUUAAAUAGUUAGUAACAAGACAUAUAUUCACCUUACUUAGUUUUAAUUUGCGGGGUUUGAAUUAAGUUGUAUUGUUUGCUACGGAUUAUUAUGAUGGGCACUACUUAAAUUUGUUUUUA